AUGGAAGCAGCUCUCGCAGCGGGAGAGGACAAUAAACAAGACACAUGGGGCAUUUUUACAUUUGUUCAUAUUGUUCUUCAGUUCUAUAUUGUCAUGUCUUGCUAUAUUGUUCUGUUACAGUUUGCUGAUAUUGUUCUGUUACAGUAUGCUGAUAUUGUCAUGUUACAGUUUGGUCCUAUUGUUCUGUUACAGUUUGCUCAUAUAGUUCAGUUACAGUAUGCUGAUAUUGUUCUGUCACAUCUGUUUGCUCAUAUUAUUCUGUUACAGUCUGCCCAUGCCCGACCGCUUAGCUCAGUAGGUAGAGCAUUUGUCUACGGAUCAAGGGGUUGUGAGUUCAAUCCUUUGGCUGAGCCUGUCCUUUUUGUUCUUUUACAGUUUGGUCAUAUUGUUCUGUUACAGUUUGGUCAUACUGUUCUGUUACAGUUUCCUCAUAUUGUUCUGUUACAGUUUGCUUUUAUUGUUUUGUUACAGUUUGUUGAUUAUGCUGAUAUUGUUCUGUUACAGUUUACUCAAAUAGUUCUGGUGCAGUUUGUUCAAAUUGUUCUGUUACAGAUUGCUCAUAUUGCUCUGUUACAGUUUGCUCAUACUAUUCUGUUACAGUUUGAUCAUAUUUUUGGUCACAUUGUUCUGUUACAGUUUAGUCAUACUGUUCUGUUACAUUUUGCUCAUAUUGUUCUGUUACAGUUUGCUCAUACUGUUCUGUUACAGUUUGCUCAUAAUGUUCUGUUACAGUUUGGUCAUAAUGUUCUGUUACAGUUUAGUCAUACUGAUCUGUUACAUUUUGCUCAUAUUUUUACUCUUAUUGUUCUGGUUCAGUUUGGUCAUAUUGUUCUGUUACAGUUUGCUUAUACUUAUGGUCAUAUUGUUCUGGUACAGUUUGGUCAUAUUGUUCUGUUUCAGUUUGUUGAUAUUAUUCUGUUACAGUUUAUUUAUAUUGCCCUGUUACAGUUUGCUCAUGUUGUUCUGUUACAGUUUUCUAAUAUUGUUCUGUUACAGUUGGUCAUAUUGUCAGUUUGCUGUGAGAAGUUUACUCAUUCUGUUAAAUCUGCUUUAAUUGUUCUUUUACAGUUUGGUCACCUUAUUCUGUUACAGUUUGCUCAUAUUGUUCUGUUAAAGUUUACUCAUAUGUUACAAUUUGCUUACAGUUUCAUCAUAUUUGCUCAUAUUGUUCUGGUGGAAGAUGAUCAUAUUGUUCUGUUACAGUUUGCUCCUAUUGUUCUGUUACAGUUUGCUUAUAUUGUUCUUGUACAAUUUCCUCAUAUUGUUCUGGUGGAGGAUGAUCAUACAGUUCUGUUACAGUUUGCUUAUGUUGUUCUUGUACAAUUUACUCAUAUUGUUCUGGUGGAGGAUGAUCAUAUUGUUCUGUUACAGUUUGCUCAUAUUGUUCUUUUUGCUCCUAUUGUUCUGUUACAGUUUGCUUAUAUUGUUCUUGUACAAUAUCCUCAUAUUGUUCUGGUGGAGGAUGAUCAUAUAGUUCUGUUACAGUUUGCUUAUGUUGUUCUUGUACAAUUUCCUCAUAUUGUUCUGGUGCAGGUUGAUCAUAUUGUUCUGUUACAGUUUGCUUAUGUUGUUCUUGUACAGUUUCCUCAUAUUGUUCUGGUGCAGGUUGAUCAUAUUGUUCUGUUACAGUUUGCUUAUAUUGUUCUUGUACAAUUUACUCAUAUUGUUCUGGUGCAGGUUGAUCAUAUUGUUCUGUUACAGUUUGCUUAUGUUGUUCUUGUACAAUUUACUCAUAUUGUUCUGGUGGAGAAUGAUCAUAUUGUUCUGUUACAGUUUGCUUAUGUUGUUCUUUUUGCUUAUGUUGUUCUUCUACAAUUUACUCAUAUUGUUCUGGUGGAGGAUGAUCAUAUUUUUCUGUUACAGUUUGCUUAUGUUGUUCUUGUACAAUUUACUCAUAUUGUUCUGAUGCAGGUUGAUCAUAUUUUUCUGUUACAGUUUGCUUAUGUUGUUCUUGUACAAUUUACUCAUAUUGUUCUGGUGGAGGAUGAUCAUAUUGUUCUGUUACAGUUUGCUCAUAUUGUUCUUGUGGAAGAUGAUUAUAUUGUUCUGUUACAGUUUGCUCCUAUUGUUCUGUUACAGUUUGCUUAUGUUGUUCUUGUACAAUUUACUCAUAUUGUUCUGGUGCAGGAUGAUCAUAUUGUUCUGUUACAGUUUGCUAAUAUUGUUCUUGUGGAAGAUGAUUAUAUUGUUCUGUUACAGUUUGCUCCUAUUGUUCUGUUACAGAUUGCUUAUGUUGUUCUUGUACAAUUUACUCAUAUUGGUCUGGUGGAGGAUGAUCAUAUUGUUCUGUUACAGUUUACUUAUGUUCUUCUUGUUGAUCAUAUUGUUCUGUUACAGUUUACUUAUAUUGUUCUUGUACAAUUUCCUCAUAUUGUUCUGGUGGAGGAUGAUCAUAUUGUUCUGGUUGGUCAUAUUGUUCUGUUACAGUUUGCUUAUAUUGUUCUUGUACAAUUUACUCAUAUUGGUCUGGUGGAAGAUGAUCAUAUUGUUCUGUUACAGUUUACUUAUAUUGUUCUUGUACAAUUUACUCAUAUUGUUCUGGUGGAGGACGAUCAUAUUGUUCUGUUACAGUUUGCUUAUAUUGUUCUUGUACAAUUUACUCAUACUGUUCUGGUGGAGGAUGAUCAUAUUGUUCUGUUACAGUUUGCUCAUAUUGUUCUGGUGGAAGAUGGUUAUAUUGUUCUGUUACAGUUUGCUCCUAUUGUUCUGUUACAGUUUGCUUAUGUUGUUCUUGUACAAUUUACUCAUAUUGUUCUGGUGCAGGUUGAUCAUAUUGUUCUGUUACAGUUUACUUAUAUUGUUCUUGUACAAUUUCCUCAUAUUGUUCUGGUGCAGGUUGAUCAUAUUGUUCUGUUACAGUUUGCUUAUGUUGUUCUUGUACAAUUUACUCUAUUGUUCUGGUGCAGUUUGCUUAUAUUGUUCUUGUACAAUUUACUCAUAUUUUAUCUGGUGCAGGUUGAUCAUAUUGUUCUGUUACAGUUUGUUUAUAUUGUUCUUGUACAAUUUACUCAUUUUGUUCUGGUGGAGGAUGAUCAUAUUGUUCUGGUACAGUUUGCUUAUGUUGUUCUUGUACAAUUCACUCAUUUUGUUCUGGUGAAGGAUGAUCAUAUUGUUCUGGUACAGUUUGCUUAUGUUGUUCUUGUACAAUUUACUCAUAUUGUUCUGGUGCAGGUUGAUCAUAUUGUUCUGUUACAGUUUGCUAAUGUUGUUCUUGUACAAUUUACUCAUAUUGUUCUGGUGCAGGUUGAUCAUUUUGUUCUGUUACAGUUUGCUUAUGUUGUUCUUGUACAAUUUACUCAUAUUGUUCUGGUGGAGGAUGAUCAUAUUGUUCUGUUACAGUUUGCUUAUGUUGUUCUUGUACAAUUUACUCAUAUUGUUCUGGUGGAGGAUGAUCAUAUUGUUCUGUUACAGUUUGUUUAUGUUGUUCUUCUACAAUUUACUCAUAUUGUUCUGGUGGAGGAUGAUCAUAUUGUUCUGUUACAGUUUGCUUAUGUUGUUCUUCUACAAUUUACUCAUAUUGUUCUGGUGGAGGAUGAUCAUAUUGGCAGAUUGUUCUGUUACAGUUUGCUUAUGUUGUUCUUGUACAAUUUACUCUAUUGUUCUGGUGGAGGAUGA